AAUCAAUCAUAUUCCUCCCUCUCCCUUCCCCUCUUUCUCAUCUAUUCUACAAUUUGAUGGCUUCAAUGCAAUGCGACUCCGAGCAGCUGAAGCAGCUAAAGGAGAUCUUCGACCGGUUUGACAUGGACAAAGACGGCAGCCUGACGCUGCUGGAGCUAGCGGCCCUUCUCCGGUCCCUCGGCCUCAAGCCCACGGGCGACCAAAUCCACACCAUCUCGUCCACCAUGGACGCCAAUGGCAAUGGCGCCAUAGAGUUUGAUGAAUUGGUGGAGCUGAUGUUGUCCGAUCUUAGCAAAGAAGCCCCCAACCACGACCAGCUCAUGGGGGUGUUCAAGGCCUUCGACCGUGAUGGAAAUGGCUACAUCACCGCGGCUGAGCUGGCAGGUCAGAUGGCCAAGAUGGGCCAUCCCCUCACCUACAACGAGCUCACCGAUAUGAUGCAUGAGGCUGACGUUAAUGGCGAUGGCGUCAUCAGCUUCCACGAGUUUGCCAACAUCAUGGCUAAAUCGGCUAUAGACACCCUCAGCCUCCCUCCCUCGUGGUUGGAAUCCUAGGUAGCACAGGUUAAGGUUUUCAUCAAAUGGGUAGGAAUGUUCUUGAAAUCAAGAUUGAAUUUUUAUUUAAUGCCAGAAAUUUUUAGAACCAAA